ACGAUCAUCCCGCGAAUUACUUUCUCCCUUCCCAUUUUACGACAAUUAUUAUGUCUAACGAAGUCGCUUCCAAGCUGCCCAAAGAUUUUAUCUGGGGUUUUGCAACAGCAAGCUUCCAGAUUGAAGGUUCUACCAAUGUUGAUGGGCGAGGAAAGUCGAUUUGGGAUGAUUUCUCGAAGCAGCCGGGAAAGACUUUAGAUGGCAGGGACGGAGAUAUCGCCACCGAUUCUUACAGACUAUGGAAAGAAGAUCUUGCCCUGCUCGUCCAGUACGGUGUCAAAUCGUACCGGUUCUCCAUAGCUUGGUCUCGCGUCAUCCCCCUUGGCGGUCGAAAUGACCCUGUCAAUCCCAAGGGUAUCGAAUUCUACUCGAAGCUUAUUGAUGCUCUUAUUGAAAAUGGCAUCACCCCUUUUGUUACUCUAUAUCACUGGGAUCUUCCUCAAGCCUUACAUGAAAGAUACGGCGGAUGGUUGAACAAGGAUGAAAUCGUCCAGGACUACGUGCGCUACUCUAGGGUUUGCUUCGAGGCGUUUGGAGACAGAGUCAAACAUUGGCUCACCAUGAAUGAGCCGUGGUGUAUAUCGAUUCUAGGGUAUGGGCGUGGGGUAUUCGCACCCGGAAGAUCAAGUGAUCGGGACAGAUCUCCCGAAGGUGAUUCUUCCACCGAACCGUGGAUUGCGGGGCACAGCGUCAUUCUAUCGCACGCUUAUGCUGUUAAGUUGUAUCGGGAGGAAUUCAAGUCGGCCCAAGGGGGUCAGAUUGGUAUUACCCUUAAUGGAGAUUGGGCAAUGCCCUAUGACGACAAUCCACAAAACGUGGAAGCAGCUCAGCACGCUCUUGAUUUCGCAAUCGGAUGGUUCGCGGACCCCAUUUAUCUAGGUCAUUAUCCCGAAUACAUGAAGCAGACGCUUCGGGAUCGGCUUCCCGAGUUCACGCAGGAAGAGUUGAUAGUCGUCAAGGGAUCGUCAGACUUUUAUGGUAUGAACACAUACACGACAAACUUGUGCAGAGCGGGAGGCGAUGAUGAAUUCCAGGGUUUCACAGAGUACACGUUCAUAAGACCUGAUGGGACUCAGCUGGGAACUCAGGCGCAUUGUGCCUGGUUGCAAGAUUAUCCCCAAGGUUUCCGCGAUCUGCUCAGCUAUCUCUGGAAACGGUACCGCAUGCCGAUCUACGUCACUGAGAACGGCUUCGCUGUAAAAGAUGAGAAUAGCAAGCCUAUAGAACAAGCGCUGCUCGACCACGACCGUGUGCAAUAUUUUAAAGGAACCACGAGCGCCUUGAUCGGAGCGGUACUCGAAGAUGGGGUCGAUAUUCGAGCAUAUUUCCCUUGGAGUUUCCUAGAUAACUUCGAAUGGGCUGAUGGGUACACUACAAGGUUCGGUGUGACUUACGUCGACUAUGAGACCCAAAAACGAUACCCUAAAGAGUCUGCGAAAUUCUUGGUCAAGUGGUUCAAGGACAAUAUCGAAUCAGAUGAACAACCUUAUUACCAGCAGCCUCCAACAGUAUCUCAGAUCAACAAUUUCUCUGGCAGCCCUCUCGAUAACUUGAGCGGACCGGCGAUGAUACAAGGGCUGAAAGCCUGACUAUUGGCGCUUUGGAAGCGACUAAAGAACUUGGCCCCAGGCUCACUGGCAUCUCGAUGAUAUAUUUCGGCAACAGUUUGAAGAGGACCUUGGCAACUUCUUUCGAUAAGAUACUGACACGGUUAGAUAACUGACGCACCUAUGUACUAUCUCCUCCCCUCCCUCUCUUUAUCCGAUUUUUAUUCCAUGUAAACGUACUAUGCUUUCUGCCUACCUUUUCUUUCCUGCGAUUUUUGAGACAAUGAAAUUCAAGUUGGUGUAUGUUCUGG